AUGGCCGCCGCCGUGGUUGCUGCAGCGGCACCUGCGGCGACGGAUCAUGCGGGAAAACCGUUUUUCUCUCCGCCUGCGUCCCUUGCGGCGUUCAAAGCGUCGCUCGACGCGCGCACGAAACUCCAUGCUAACAACGGCUUGUUGUCGAACCUCCCGCCUAACCUCUCCCCGAGCCUGCUUGCCGAGCUUGCCGGCGUUGCAAGCGCCGCGGGUCAAACUGCAGCCGCCCCAAACACCACUGCCGCAGCAACUGCCGCAUUAAACGGCGGAUUUCAAGUCCCCGCAAAUGGCGGCGGGGGUGGCGGUGGAAUGAGAAUGGACGAGGCAAUUUUGGCGCUCCAGCCGCUAGUUCGAUUUGGGAUGCAGCAGCAGCAGCAGCAGGCGCAGCAGCAGCAACCGCCACCUGCACAGACUCAAGCGGCGGCGCAAGCAGCGCAGGUGCAGGCGCAGGCGCUUCUGCCCGCGCUGCUCCAGCAAUACGCCAACCUCCCGUCCUUCGCCCGCAAUUUCCGUCAGCAAGAUGGCACCGCCGCCGCCGCCGGGUUACACGGAGCCAGACUUGAUUACACCGCAGCACGCGGCGCGCUCGGCUCGUCGGCCGCGGCGGCGCUUCAGCAAGCCGUUCUCCGCGACAUCGCUCGCGCAACCGGCGCCGCCGCUUUCGGCACUCCUGCCGGCGUCGCCGGAGCUGUCGGCGCGUCUGCGGGUCUCACUCUCUCCCCAAGACGCGGGGAACGGGGGGGGAGCAGCGGCGGAACCGGCGGAGCGGGCAGGGCGGGGAUGAAGCGCAGCGCGGGCGCGCUGGGGUCGGGACUGGACCUGGACGGUCUGGGGGGAGAUGCUGCACGCUCGGUGCGUCCGCGCACAGUGGCGGAGCGGAAGAGGCGGAACAAUAUCAGCCACCGUCUGGAGCAGCUGAAGGCGGCGAUUCCGCUGUGCAAUCCGCGCAUCACCACGGAGACGCUGCUGUGCGAGACGCUGACGUACAUUGACGCACUAAAGGCCAAAAUCCGCAACUUGCAGGCUGAGAAGGCCAAUCUGCUCGAGCACGUGCUGACUCUGUAA